UGGGUCUGCAGAGUCUCCUCCCUCGGCCUCCAGGGACGGGCCGGGUGCGGCAGCUGUCACGACCUGGGCCGCGGCCUGGUGCCCCGUAGUGGGGCCGCCAUUGGCUGGAGCCAUGCCCACGGCCGCUGCCCCCAUCAUCAGCUCCGUCCAGAAGCUGGUGCUCUACGAGACCAGAGCGAGAUACUUUCUAGUCGGGAGCAAUCAUGCAGAAACGAAAUUCCGAGUCUUGAAAAUUGAUCGAACGGAGCCCAAAGAUUUGGUUGUAAUUGAUGAUAGGCACGUGUACACUCAGCAAGAAGUGCGGGAACUGCUUGGCCGCUUGGACCUAGGAAACAGAACCAAGAUGGGCCAGAAAGGGUCCUCUGGGUUGUUUCGAGCUGUCUCAGCGUUUGGCAUUGUGGGUUUUGUCAGGUUUUUAGAAGGCUACUAUAUUGUGUUAAUAACUAAGCGGAGGAAAAUGGCGGAUAUUGGAGGUCAUGCGAUAUAUAAGAUUGAAGACACAAAUAUGAUUUAUAUCCCCAAUGACUCUGUCCGGAUUACUCACCCCGAUGAAGCGAGGUACCUAAGGAUAUUUCAAAAUGUGGAUCUAUCCAGCAAUUUUUACUUUAGUUACAGCUAUGAUCUGUCCCACUCGCUUCAGUAUAACCUUACCGUCUUGCGAAUGCCCCUGGAGAUGCUAAAGUCCGAAACGUCCAAGACACGCCAGGAGAGCUUUGACAUCUUUGAAGAUGAAGGAUUAAUUACACAAGGUGGUAGCGGUGUAUUUGGGAUCUCCAGUGAGCCUUACAUGAAGUAUGUAUGGAAUGGUGAACUUCUGGAUAUAAUUAAAAACACCGUGCAUCGUGACUGGCUGCUGUAUAUUAUUCAUGGGUUCUGUGGGCAGUCAAAGCUGCUGAUCUACGGGCGGCCAGUGUACGUGACUCUGAUAGCCAGAAGGUCCAGCAGGUUUGCUGGGACGCGUUUCCUCAAGAGAGGCGCAAACUGUGAGGGCGAUGUUGCGAACGAAGUGGAGACUGAGCAGAUCCUCUGCGAUGCGUCGGUGAUGUCUUUUACCGCAGGCAGUUAUUCCUCUUACGUACAAGUUAGAGGAUCGGUUCCCUUAUACUGGUCCCAAGACAUCUCAACUAUGAUGCCUAAACCCCCUAUUACACUGGACCAGGCAGACCCCUUCGCACAUGUAGCUGCUCUUCACUUUGACCAGAUGCUUCAGAGGUUUGGCUCCCCCAUCAUCAUCUUGAAUCUAGUGAAGGAGAGAGAGAAGAGGAAGCAUGAGAGGAUCCUGAGUGAAGAGCUGGUGGCCGCCGUCACCUACCUCAACCAGUUCCUGCCCCCGGAGCACACCAUUGUCUACAUCCCCUGGGACAUGGCCAAGUACACCAAGAGUAAGCUGUGCAAUGUUCUCGAUCGGCUGAACGUGAUUGCAGAAAGCGUGGUAAAGAAAACAGGCUUCUUUGUGAACCGCCCUGACUCUUACUGCAGCAUUUUACGGCCAGAUGAAAAGUGGAAUGAACUAGGAGGCUGUGUGAUUCCCACCGGUAGGCUGCAGACUGGCAUUCUGCGAACCAACUGCGUGGACUGUUUAGAUCGUACCAACACAGCGCAGUUCAUGGUGGGCAAGUGCGCUCUGGCUUACCAGCUCUACUCCCUAGGACUGAUUGACAAGCCUAACCUGCAGUUCGAUACGGAUGCAGUGAGGUUAUUUGAGGAACUCUACGAAGAUCACGGAGACACUCUUUCCCUGCAGUAUGGAGGCUCUCAGCUUGUUCACCGGGUAAAAACCUACAGGAAGAUAGCGCCCUGGACCCAGCACUCCAAAGACAUCAUGCAGACUCUGUCUCGAUACUACAGCAAUGCCUUCUCAGAUGCCGAUAGACAAGAUUCCAUCAAUCUCUUCCUGGGCGUUUUCCACCCCACAGAAGGGAAACCUCAUCUCUGGGAACUCCCCACAGACUUUUACCUGCACCACAAGAACACCAUGAGCCUUUCACCGUCUAGAAGGAGUUACACAUACUGGUGGACACCAGAGGUGAUAAAGCAUUUGCCACUGCCUUACGACGAAGUUAUCUGUGCUGCAAACUUGAAGAAGCUGUUCGUGAAGAAGUUCCACAGGUGUGAAGAGGAGAUAGACAUCCACAGUGAGUUCUUCCGGCCGUACGAACUGAGCAGUUUUGACGACACCUUCUGCUUGGCCAUGACAAGUUCAGCCCGUGAUUUUAUGCCUAAGACUGUUGGCAUCGAUCCAAGUCCAUUUACUGUGCGAAAACCAGAUGAAACCGGAAAAUCUGUACUGGGAAACAAAAGCAACCGAGAGGAAGCCGUCCUGCAGCGGAAAACAGCGGCCAGCGCCCCGCCGCCCCCCAGCGAGGAGGCUGUGUCCAGCAGCUCUGAGGAUGACUCCGGCACCGACCGGGAAGAUGAGGGCUCCGUGUCUCAGCGCUCCACUCCCGUGAAGAUGACCGACCCCGGGGACAGUGCCAAAGUGACUGAGAAUGUGGUCCAGCCCAUGAAAGAAGUAUAUGGAAUUAACCUCUCUGAUACCCUGUCAGAGGAAGACUUCUCCAUUUAUGCCAGGUUUGUUCAGCUGGGGCAGAGUCAACAUAAACAGGACAGGAGCGGCCAGCAGCCAUGUUCCAGGUGCUCUGACGGAGUUAUAAAAUUAACCCCCAUCUCGGCUUUCUCGCAAGACAACAUCUACGAAGUUCAGCCCCCGAGAGUAGACAGAAAGUCCACGGAGAUCUUCCACGCCCAUAUCCAGGCCAGCCACGGUUUCAUGCAGCCCCUUGGUAAAGAGGACACCGCCAUGUACCGAGAGUACAUCCGAAACCGCUACUUAUAAAGACAGCCUUGAGGAAGAGAGGAAGGCGCACUGGUCUAGACUGUUCAGUGUCACCUGUGAAGGAAGUCCCUGCAUCUGGAGAUACAGCUCUGUGGUGGAGGACAUAGGCCGCUCUUUCAGGAUCUGAAUUUGGUCCCCAGCACGCACAUCGAGCGGCUCACAGCCUUCGCCUAACUCAGCCACAAGGGAUCCAACGCCGCCUUCUGGAUUCUGUGGGCACCUGUACUCAAGUGCG